AUGGGAGACCUGAAGUCAGGUUUUGAAGAGGUGGAUGGCGUGAGGCUCGGCUACCUCAUCAUUAAAGGAAAGCAAAUGUUUGCCCUCUCCCAAGUCUUCACAGAUCUGCUGAAAAACAUCCCGAGGACGACCGUGCACAAGCGCAUGGAUCAUCUAAAAGUGAAAAAGCACCACUGCGAUCUGGAAGAGUUGAGGAAACUCAAGGCAAUCAACAGCAUCGCCUUCCAUGCCGCCAAAUGCACGCUCAUCUCCCGGGAAGACGUGGAAGCUCUCUACACCUCCUGCAAAACCGAGCGUGUCCUCAAGACCAAGCGCAGGAGGGCCGGCCGGGCCCUGGUCACAAAGGCGCCGCCGCCAGAGCGCGCCGCCGCCGCCAGCCCCCGCCCGGGGUUUUGGAAGGACAAGCACCAACUUUGGCGGGGCCUGAGCGGAGCCGCGCGGCCCCUGCCAAUCAGCGCGCAGUCCCAGCGCCCCGGCGCCGCCGCCGCGCGCCCCGCCGCCCAUCUACCUCAGAUUUUUAGCAAAUACCCGGGCUCGCACUACCCGGAAAUCGUACGCUCGCCUUGCAAACCCCCUCUAAACUAUGAAACUGCCCCGCUCCAGGGAAACUACGUCGCCUUUCACUCGGACCCUGCUUAUUUUCGGAGCCUUCUGUGCAGCAAGCAUCCGGCCGCCGCCGCUGCCGCCGCCGCCGCCGCCGCUGCCGCCGCCGCCGCCGCCGCCUACUACCAGGCGUCGGCUGCUGGGCCCCAGCCCAAGGCGGCGGCGGGAGCCGGAGGCCCGGUGAACCUGACCUACCGGUGCAAGCGCAAGCGCGGGGGCUCCAAGGACUGCCUGCUCGCGCCCCACGCUGGCGCUCGGCGCUUGCUGCUGCUGCCCAGAUCCUACAAAGCCAAGGCGGCGGCGGCGGCGGCGGCGGCCGCGGCGGCGGCUGCCGCGGCUGCCGGUGCCACUUGCCUGGAGAGGUUUCAUCUGGUCAACAGCUUCUGCCCGCCUCCCCACCACCACCACCACCACCACCACCACCAUCACCACCACCACCACCACCGGGCCCAGCAGCCGCAGCCGAAUCACCACCCCCCUCACCACCACCGGCCGCAGCCCCAUCUAGGCAGCUUUCCCGAGAGCUGUAGCAGCGACUCCGAGUCCAGUUCCUAUUCGGACCAUGCAGCCAACGACUCGGAUUUUGGCUCCAGUUUGUCCAGUUCCAGCAACUCUGUGUCCUCGGAGGAAGAGGAGGAGGAAGGAGAGGAGGAGGAGGAGGAGGAGGAGGAGGAAGAGGGGGGCAGUGGGGCCUCGGAUUCCAGUGAAGUCAGCUCGGAGGAGGAGGACUCGUCCACGGAGUCAGACUCCAGCUCCGGCUCCAGCCAAGUGUCAGUGCAGAGCAUCCGUUUCAGGCGCACCAGUUUCUGCAAGCCUCCCAGCGUGCAGGCGCAGGCCAACUUCUUGUACCAUCUGGCCUCCGCUGCCGCUGCAACCAAACCCGCUGCUUUCGAGGAUGCCGGCAGACUUCCCGACCUCAAGAGUAGUGUCAAAGCGGAGUCGCCAGAGGAGUGGAAUCUGCAGAGUUGGGCCCCCAAAGCGUCUCCAGUGUACUGCCCGGCCAGCCUGGGGAGUUGUUUCCCAGAGAUAAGGAACGAUAGGGUAUCUGAGAUUACAUUCCCACACUCUGAAAUUUCCAGUACUGUAAAGAGAACUGACCUGACAAUUAACUGCCUGGCAGAGGGGGCCUCUUCACCUAGCCCAAAGACAAACAAUGCAUUUCCACAACAAAGAAUACUCGGAGAGGCUAGGAAAUGCCUACAAGCUACUCCUACUACACACUGUGCAGAUAACAACACAAUAGCUGCUAGGUUCUUAAAUAAUGAUUCUUCAGGAGCAGCAGCAAAUUCAGAAAAAGAUUCCAAAAUCCCUCAUUGUCCUGAAUUUGCUACGGAUUUGCCCUCUUCACAAACUGAUCCUGAAGUGGAUGCAGCAGCACUAGCAGCAACUAAAGUGGAGAAUCUGUGCACUGACACAGGCGACAAGACAUUGUCAUUUCUGCACAAUAUUAAAAUCAAAGUAGAAGACAGUAGUGCUAAUGAAGAAUAUGAACCUGAUCUUGUUACAAAUAAGCUAAAGUGCGAGUGCAAUGAUACAAAGGGUGAGUUUUACAGUGUGACUGAAAAUAAAGAGGAGGACGCCUUGUUAACCACAGCCAAGGAAGGUUUUGCAUGCCCUGAGAAAGAAACUCCUUCCUUAAAUCCACUGGCUCAGAGUCAGGGCCUUUCAUGCACUUUAGGUUCUCCAAAACCUGAGGAUGGGGAAUAUAAAUUUGGUGCCAGGGUGAGAAAAAAUUACCGAACACUAGUACUGGGAAAACGACCUGUCCUUCAGACACCUCCAGUCAAACCAAAUUUGAAAUCAGCUAGAAGCCCUCGUCCUACAGGUAAAACUGAGACACAUGAAGGAACACUGGAUGACUUUACAGUUAUAAACAGACGCAAAAAGGUAGCCAGCAAUGUAGCAUCAGCAGUGAAAAGGCCGUUUAAUUUCAUGGCAAAUUUUCCUUGUCCACCAUCACUCAUUAUUGGGAAAGAUGGGGAUUUGUGGCCAGCGUAUUCUUUAAACACCACUAAGGAUUCCCAACCUCCUCACAAGGCCCAUCCUAUAUGGAAAUGGCAGCUGGGCGGUUCUGCAAUACCUCUUCCACCUAGUCACAAAUUCAGGAAAUUUAAUUCAUAA